GCGUGGCGUUCUUCGCGGAGCCGACUGAGGCCGCGCUGGCGGCGCUGCGAUCGGCGCUCGACAGAGACGGGGCCGAAACGGGAAGUUGUGGCGGCCCCCGCUGGUGACAGUCUCGCUUGGGCUGGCUUCUCCCUCGCCCGCCCCACAGCAUGGCUGCCAUGGGAGAACAGGGCAAGUUUUCACAAACAUUGAACGGAACUCCUGCUUCAAGCACAGCCACUGGUGGAAUGGAUCCCUUCCAUGCCUGUAGCAUUCUCCAGCAGCUCAAAGCAAUGUAUGAUGAAGGUCAGCUGACAGAUAUUGUGGUGGAAGUGGAUCAUGGAAAAACUUUUUCCUGUCAUCGAAACGUUCUUGCUGCAAUUAGUCCUUACUUCAGAUCAAUGUUCACGAGUGGCCUUACUGAGAGUACCCAGAAAGAAGUACGGAUUGUUGGCGUUGAAGAAGAGUCCAUGCAUUUAGUACUGAAUUAUGCCUAUACCUCCAGGGUAAUUCUGACAGAGGCCAAUGUCCAAGCUUUGUUCACUGCAGCUAGUAUCUUCCAGAUUCCUUCUAUCCAGGACCAGUGUGCUAAAUACAUGAUCAGCCAUUUGGACCCCCAGAACUCUAUUGGAGUGUUUAUCUUUGCUGAUCAUUAUGGGCAUCAGGAACUGAAAGUCAGAUCCCAAGAUUACAUUCGUAAAAAGUUCUUGAGUGUCACCAAAGAACAAGAAUUUCUCCAGCUGAGGAAAGACCAACUUGUAAGCAUUCUAGACAGCAAUGAUUUAAACGUUGACAAAGAAGAGCACGUCUAUGAAAGCAUUAUAAGAUGGUUUGAGCAUGAGCCUAGCAAAAGAGAAGCCCAUUUGCCAGAAAUUUUUGCCAAAUGCAUCCGCAUGCCCCUCUUGGAUGCAGAAUUUGUAGAGAAAAUCCCUCCCAUGUUUGCACAGGCUAUAGCCCAAAACUGUGUACAAAAAGGACAAACUAGUGCCAAUGGCUAUACCCAACGGCUUGGAAUGACUGCUUCAGAAAUGAUCAUCUGCUUUGAUGCUGCUCAUAAACACUCAGGAAAGAAGCAAACAGUGCCUUGUUUAGAUUCUGUCACAGGGAGAGUGUUCAAACUAUGCAAACCACCCAAUGAUUUGCGGGAGGUAGGGAUACUUGUUUCGCCUGACAAUGACAUCUACAUUGCUGGGGGUUACAGACCAAGCAGCAGUGAGGUCUCCAUAGACCACAGAGCAGAAAGUGACUUUUGGAUGUAUGAUCAUUCAGGCAAUAGAUGGAUCCCUAAAUCCCCACUGCUACGUGCCAGGAUAGGCUGCAAACUGGUUCACUGCUGUGGUAAACUCUACGCAAUAGGCGGUCGCGUUUAUGAAGGAGAUGGGCGUAAUUCACUGAAAUCUGUGGAGUGCUACGACAGCCGAGAGAACUCCUGGACAGCUGUCUCUGCAAUGCCUGUAGCAAUGGAAUUUCAUAAUGCUGUGGAGUAUAAAGACUGUAUCUAUGUUUUACAGGGAGAGUUUUUCCUCUGCUAUGAUCCUCGAAAAGAUUACUGGGGUUUCUUAACUCCCAUGACUGUGCCUAGGAUCCAGGGGUUGGCAGCUGUCUACAACAACUCUAUCUACUACAUUGCUGGAACCUGUGGAAACCAUCAGCGUAUGUUUACCGUAGAGGCCUAUGACAUUGAAUUAAACAAGUGGACUCGAAAGAAAGACUUCCCAUGUGACCAGUCCAUUAAUCCCUACAUUAAACUUGUUGUCCUCAAGAAUAAACUUCAUUUGUUUGUGCGAGCUACUCAAGUAACUGUCGAAGAACAUGUCUUCAGAACCAGCAGGAAGAAUUCUCUCUAUCAGUAUGAUGAAGUUAAUGACCAGUGGCAGAAGGUGUAUGAGACUCCAGAUAAGCUCUGGGAUCUUGGACGUCAUUUUGAAUGUGCUGUUGCUAAAUUGUAUCCGCAGUGUCUUCAGAAAGUUAUUUGAUUCUCCCCCCCCCCCCCCAAAUUUCCAUCGGUAAAAUGCCUUAGUAACUUUGGUAUUUAAUGCUAGCAGAAAAAUUGUUUUUAAAAGAAAAACCAAUUCUGUCAGUAUUUGAUGUGAGCUGAAAUUGAUGGCUUUUUUUAAACAUGGGGAUGGGUGCUCUUUAAAGCUUGCAGUGGGGAGAAGGGAAUUGGUGGUUUAGUUUCCUAAUGGAUGUUUUCCUGCAGAGUAAGGAGUGGGUUACAAAGUGCAAUUAUCAGCUUUUUCUCUGCUAGUCAUUUGAUCAUGUUGUUCUAGAGUGACAGUUUGACUAAAAGCAAGAGUAGAUAGAUUGGGGUAACUAUGCACUCCAGUGAACGCAACUCUAAUGUUAAUAGCUAAAGUGAAGAGAACAAGUUUGAAGUAACUUCUUAUUUAAAAUACGGGUAAAAUCUGAGGCAAUAUCAGUAGUUUGCUAUUAUAAUUCAGUGACCCUAAGUAGGCAAAUACACAGUCUUUAUACCUCUUCCAUGUGUAUAAAGGUACUGAAAUGUUUGUUGUAUUUAUACAUUGUGUUAGGUUUUGGAGAAACAAAAGUUUGCGACAGUACAGAGCUUCAAAUGUGCAGUUGAACUUGUUGGUCACUCCAUGAAGGGCUUAAACCCAAUGGUGCUAGUUCAUUUUAAAUAUGUUAAGUCUGAAAUGGGUCAAUUUAGACUGCCAACAUUAUGGUAGUUGGGUAGUAUUACUGUGUCUAGUCUUAAGCAUGUACCUUGCUGCUUUGUGUGUGAACCCCCCUGUUUGAACUUCUUGUGUAUCUAGUUCUUAUGUAGGAUAGGCUAAAUAGUCUUAAUGGCUGUUACUUUGGGGGAGUCGUUCCAUCUGUUAAAAGGCUAAGCGCUAAAUGCACUUUUUUUUUUGUCCAUCCUGCGAUAAGUUUGACAAUGUAGCGUUGAAUGCUGUCGGACAGCCAAAAUUUUGGGAUUUGACGGGGGUGGGGGGAGUACAAGACUUUGGGUUCCUUAUUGUUGCUGUUCUUGGCAUGUGUCUCGCUUGCAGCUGCUGAAUUGUCACAAAACAAUAUUCGCCUCCAGCCAGCCCAGUGUGGAAGCCAUUCUGGCUAUCUGUCAAUGCCCGCAGCCCUUCUGUCUGUUGCCUGGCAUCCUGCCCUCCAAUUGUUUCUGUGAAAGUUUGCACUACUGAGCUUUCUUGGUGAUCCAGUAACCACUUUUGGAAGUCUGCAGUUGAAAAUAAUUUUUGGUACCAAAUAAGAAUCCACUUUCUCUGUGGCUGUCAUAUAUCUGAAUUGGUGGAAUGAGAGUUUCUCAUUAAGCUUCCAAAUAGUUUUAGAAUGACAGAUCCAGUUGAGCACCAAGGUUUAUGAUAGAUCUCCUAUUAGUGGUUCUUUGCUAGGAGUAACACGUUUCAGAGCACGGUUGUUGAAGAAUGAAGUAUGUCUUACUUUCAUUAAUUCGGUUUUGUUUUCCAAGAUGAUUUGGCCAUAUAACCCCAAGGUUGGUCGUUACUUCUAAUUGAUAAAUCAGUCAGUCAGUCAGCUCUUGGCUGAAAUGGUUAAAUCUAGAAUGGUAUUGGGUCAGCAAAUUUUUGGUUUGUGUGAUUCCCUAGUCAGCUUUUCUUUGUGUAAAUAUGAAUCUACUUGAUUUUAAACCUUGCACAAUACAUUGAACACACAACUGUGAAAUUAUUGAAAGCAUGAUAAUGUCUCUUUCUAUUACAUACCUCAUCUUCCAGAGAUUCAGUGAACAGCUUUUUGUCUUGGACUUCUUCAGAUCGCUAAAGGGUACAGUAGUUUUGGCCUGUAACAUACAUUAGGUUUCUGUUGUGGUCCCUUGAGAGUGGUAAACUUUCCCUUGGUGGCCUCUAUCCAAUCAUGCAUUUCCGGCUUUGCCCCUCACACUGUUCCUCAGAGUCUCCAACUCCCAGCAACAUUAUUUUCAGACCUCUGUGAGUUGCUGCAGGAGGGGGCAGUGAGAAAGUCCUGUGAGGUCCAGAGCAUUCAGAUAUUAAACUAGUUUUUUUUUUUUAAAGUCACCAGUGAACUCUAAAUGCAGACAAAAGGCAAGUCAUGUGUUCAGUCCUUGCUUUAAAAAACACUCCUAAAGCAGUCAUGAAGCAAAAUUGCACAGUCAACAUGCUUCCUUAGAUGAGAGUUCUGGUUCUUCUAGACCAGAGGUUAAGGCUUUGAUAUGCUAAGUAUAGUUGUUGAACUUUAAAUGACAUUGCAUUCUGGUUUCCUUAGACUUUCUUGAGGAUGCUGUUAAAAGGUAUAUCCAGUUGAUUUAAUGUAUUUAACUUUAUUUCUUACUCCUUAUUUGGCUGUACUAGCUCUGUUGUAAGAUUCUUAGCUGCAAACUUUCUGAAGCACCCUCCCUUACAAUGUUGCAUUAGUUUUUUUUGUUUGCAAAAAGUGUUAUGUAUCUUUCAGUAAGUUAAGUUUGGUUGAAAAAAUUUACAAUACUUAUUGCUGCUUUUUGACAAUCUUCUCUAUUUAUUUAGUAGAAAUGUCAGUCUGACUUGAAAUUUAAGAAAUUAGUUUAAGUUAGCAAAUGAUCCUGGCAUGUGAUGUACCGAAAUACAAUACGCUGUAGUUAUUUCUGCAGUAGGUUUGUUCUUAACUUUUCAUUUAAAAAAAAAACUGCACUAAAUACAAAGAUCUUUUUUUCUAACCAUUUACACUGGGGGGGAGUAACAUGCUUGAAAGCUAACUUUUGAAACUUUUGCCAUGGGGGGUGGGUGGAAAUACAGUGAGUCUUCUGCAUGAAUAAUUGUUUAAGCAGUAAUAUUAACCAUGAAUCUUUUAGUUCUUUACUUGCUUUUAAAUUAUCCCGUGAGAAGUCCCUCCUGCCUUCCAAUGUAAAUCUUGUUUUUUAGAAUUGUAUUUUUUUCAAAGGCAAUCCCACACAGUGUGAGGUUAGAUGAUGCAAGCCUGCACCAGAGUUACUGUAACUGCGCUAACUUAAACAGGGCCAGGGCCAGGUUUGGGUUUUUCCCCAUCCAUCCUGCUUUUCUUAUUUAUCCUUUCUUGUUGAGUCACCAAUCUUCCAUUUUAACACAUUGGGGAGGAAGGGAUAAGAAAACAUGCUGGAAAAAAGAUCCCAGUUUUUUUUAUUCCAGAUUUUGCUCCCUUUUCAAGGACCGAUCUGUGCACGUGUUCCACCGUUUGUGCUGACCUGAUGAAGCCUCUUCUUGCUUGUGCAGCAGCAGAGCUUGGUGUGUUGUCCCCGUCCAACCUACUACAGCUGGUUUUGUUGCGUGUGCCGUGCAUGUGGUUUGCAUAAUAUCAAAGCACUCCCUGUGUUCUGAAAUCUAUUUAAAAAUGGCAUCAGAUGUUCAGCGCUCAGGUAUGUUAGUAAGAAGUACUGUAGUCCUCUGACGGCAAAUGUGUGGAAUUUUAAACAUUUUGCCAUAAUUGCACAAUUUUGCAUUUUUACUUAAUGUCAUGUUAGUUUUCUUAUAAUAAAUCUGUUCAAAUACA